GGUUCACAUCCUGGCGUCCCUGGAAACCACCGACGCGCUCUGCCUGCUGCCCCACUUCUGAUCUUGGGGGGGACUGUUUGAGACCAGUGGGACACAUUGGCUCCUGAGCCGGUCUGCUCCUGCUGCAUCGACGAUGAUGAUGGUGUUAUUGUUGUUGAAACGGAAUGGAGUAGAGCAGGGUGGAUUAACCGUGCACCAUGAAUGACAGGUACCACAAGGCGGCCCGGGACGGCUACCUGGACCUGCUAAAAGAGGCGACGCGGAAGGAUCUGAACGCACCGGAUGAAGAUGGCAUGACACCGACGUUAUGGGCCGCUUACCACGGCAACCUGGAGGCUCUGCGGCUGAUCGUGUCGAGGGGGUGGGUAAAAACACUGUUACAUGACUUAUCAGGGCGUGUGCGUAAUAUGGUGAACAGAGCCUCAUCUGUGCAGAGCAGACGGGACUAUUUUACCAUUUCCACUGAUUUUAUUUAGUCUUUUCCAGAUCAAAAUGCCUCAUUUAAGCAAAUUAUUUCAAUUACAAAGUGUAAAGCUGCACAUGAAGAAUAUUCGAAUAAAAUUGCUCAUUUAGUGGAUGUUUUUUUGCAGUUAAACCACUGAUACUCCAGGAACAAUACACCACAAAGCAUUUAGGUCACCUGCAGCAAUUAUCUGAGUCCAUCACACCCUGGAGAGAGGUCAGGCCCUGACAUACCAGCACAUGCACCGCCUCAGGCUUUGCUCCCAGCUUAUAAGAACAUUUUUAUCUUCACAACUUGUUUGGUAACUUCCAUAUAUUUGGACAUGCAACUUGGAAAAAUUCACCAAAUUGGGCUGGACACUUCUUUGAGCUGCAGAUUUAGGUCUUUUGCAGCAAAGGAAACACGCCUCAUGAGCUAAAUUCAGAGUUUACAUUUAUACAACUUGCAUUUACAGAGGAACAGCUGUAUACUUUUAGUGUAGGAACUCUUAGUAGGAUAACUUACUGUUAAAAAUUGGAUGCUAUAUUGCAAUCUGAGAUGAACCAAAGGCCCUUCGACCUGGGAUUAGUCAAAUAUUACUGCAGGAAUAACAGCCCAUCAAGGAAUCUGCAGCCGUGCACGCUAUAACAAGCUCAACUAAAGGCCAUCUUUCAAAAUAAGGGGUACACAUGAAGAUCUAGUGAUGCAAAAUGAAGCUUUGCAUUACUUUUUUAUAGCUCUCACAAAGAGGCACUGUAGCCUGUUGUUACAUCAUUAACAUUUCCAUUGCAUCACGAGCGUACGUGGAAUAUGAUUCAUCAAAUUUACAGUAAAUAACAUUGUUAAAGCAGUCUGCAUCGUGGUAUAAACGCUGGCCCCGUUCCAGCGAAGUGAGCAAAUGUGAUUGUGCGUCGGGGACUGCCGGAACGGGGAAACACAGAAUGGCCUAUUCUGCGUCUUUUCUGCCUGACCUGGUUUGCUUGUCAGGCAGAAAAACGGGCCUUUUAUGAAUCUGCUUAAUUGAGUGUAGAUUGUGGGACUGAACUGUAAAACUACACAGAAUCAAUCUUUUGUUUUUGAUUGAAUUUUGCAGACAAAAGACAUGAUAUGUAAAAAUUAAGGAAGGAAGGCUUCAAGUUUUACACAAUGAACUCCAUAUUUCCCACAGAGUCAAUGUAAACAGGCUUCUGAGGGCAUUCAGCUGCCGAUAACAAACUAUCCCCCCACUGACAGCAGAACACAUAAUCUCCUGAUUGACAAGAGGGGCUAACAUUCAACAUUAAUAGCUGCCAUAAUGUUUCACAGAAGGCGCCGAACUCGUGAGACCCAAGGAUGCCGUAAUGAAGAUAAGUCUAACACAGCUUGACAAUUUCAUGGGAAAGAUGCCGUGCAGCGUUAUAUUUGGCAAGUAUAUUGCACAGGACAGCCUGCGCUGACAUCAAGCUGUCAUAGGAAGUGAAGAUGCAAACAGCCCUUAAUGUGAUAAAGAACAAGAGGGGGGAUAAGUAAGCAGACCUAUCACCGCUGUGGUCAGGCUUUUACUGGGGGAGAUAUAAAUUAUGACACAUAAAGCUUUCAUGUGAGAUGGCCUGUAUCUGUAACAAGCAUGUUACGUAAUCCCACUUCAGGUGGUGAUAAAUAUUUCAUCUCGAAAUAUAGAACAAAUGUAAUUGCUGUUUAUCUUCGCGCAUCAGUUUAUCGCGUUUGAUAUCGUUUCAUAUCACUGCAGGGUUUACGGUGUAUUUCCAUUGUUAGAACAUUGUUUUAUUGAGGCCUCAUACUGUCCAUCACCCACGCUGAUAAAAGCCAAGCCCUGCAUUCAAACUCUAAGAACGCUCGAUCCCUAAAAUCCUCCGCCAUGUUAAGUAAAUCCUCUCUAAACAAAGAGAGCACAUCAGGGUGUGACUUCGCCUUUGAUGCCAAACAAUACAUGCAGGUUUCGAAGCAGAAAAUGCUGCCUUUUUCCAGGGAUGACCUUGCAUAAUUCAGCAAGUCAAUACCAAACCCCAUUCUGCACAUAUUUCAACAGCACGGCUCUGUUGUAGAAGAAUAAAGGUGCCAAACUGACCUGCCUACAGCCCUGACUUGAUCUGAUCUGGUUUUUUUUGCACCAUUUUCAUUCAUGCGAAUCAACAAAGUCUGUUUUAACCAACAUUUUACGCAGCAUCCCAACAUUUUGGGGAAAUUGUAAGACUGCAAACAAGCUCCCCUCUCAUCUACUGGAUGAUAGUUUGUUUGCCUUGACUUGAGGAAUCCAGCGUGACAUCACCAGCCGUGCACUUUUCCAAGUCGAGCGCAGCCCAGUCGGCCUCCCCUGAAAUCGGAUACAGGUAGUGAAGCAGUGGUGCUGGCAAGCCUGUGGUCAUAUUACAGACAGACAGCAACAGCGCAGCACAGGUAGAGGUAACAUUGAGGUCGUGGACUACCUGCUCGGGGUAAAGGUUGCGUACGUCGCUGUUUAUGGCCCCUGCGUUGGAGUAGAUGCAUUUUGAAGAGUCGCUUUAAUCACAACUGUGUAGCUGCUGGUUUGGGAAGCAUUUGGAAACAUCAGAUACUCGAAGAAUAUAGUAAAAAGUUGAUUUUCUAAAGGGGUAAUGCGGUGUUUCAACCAUAAAUUAUUGAAUACGGCCUCAUUAACAGCCCACGGUUGGCGGGUCAGUGCUGAAAAGAUUGUCAAAAAAAAUCACACGCUCACCACCAGCAGUCUAAGCAGGUACCUGAUCAAUGUCACGCUCCAUAUUAAAGGUUAUAUUUAACAUACACUAUGUCUCAUCUAUCACAGAGGAGACCCUGACAAGUGCGACAUAUGGGGGAACACGCCGCUUCACCUGGCAGCAGCCAACGGUCACCACAACUGCCUUUUCUUCCUGGUGUCUUUCGGUGCCAACAUAUGGUGCCUGGACAAUGACUACCACACGCCACUGGACAUGGCGGCCACAAAGAACCACAUGGAUUGCGUCCGCUACCUGGACGCGGUUGCUGCCAAGCAGACGAGCCUUAAUGCCAAGCUGGUCGGCAAGCUGAAGGACCGGGCCUUUCGCGACGCCGAGCGGCGAAUUAAAGAGUGCGUGAAGAUGCAGAAGAAACACCACAAACGUAUGGAGAGGAAGUUUCACAAGGACACCUCCGAGGCUUCUGCGUCAGACGCCAUGAGCUUUUCCAGCUACACCAGCAGCUCAGUGAGCCACAAGCUGCGCAACUUCAACGCCGCCACAGUCAGUGUGCCAUAUUCUCAGGUCGGGAGCUUUUAUUUUCUACUCACAGCCUCUUAGACCAGGAAGUAGAAAGAACGUAAAUGUGAAUAUUGAAAAUCUCUUUUGAUUCCUUCCUUCUAGGCUACUCUCCACGCCACAAACCGAGGGAAGACAAAGAUUCAGAAGAAACUAGAGAAGAGGAAACAAGGAGAUGGGACUUUUAAAAUCUAUGAAGACGGGAGGAAGAGCGUGCGUUCCCUCUCUGGACUUCAGCUGAGCAACGAUGUCAUGUUUCUCAAACAGGGGACUUACGUCAACCCAAAGGACCGUGGCCGCCGCAACGUUCGAGACAUGUUCCCCAGAGACAAUUACGACGCCAUUUCACGUGCCAUCAGCGAGCCUGACCUCCACGGGCCUGACGUGGACUACUCCGAGAUCAGCACCGACUCAGGACAUGAUUCGCUUUUCAACCGGCCCGGUCUGGGCACCAUGGUCUUCAGAAGGAACUAUGUGAGCGGGGGGAUGUUCGACCUUGGCAGUCGGGAUGAAGCCAACACGGACCAUUCAGGCAACAACGUGCGACUGCGCAGUCGGUUGCAGCCGAGCCUGGAUGAAGACAGCAUUGGCAGUGCACACAGCCUGCAGGAGAGGAACAUGGAGGAGCUUCCGUGGGAAGAUAUCGAACUCGGACUGGAUGAUGAUGAUGAGGCUGACACCAGCCCUCUGGAGGUCUUCCUCGCUGCACAGGGCAUGAACGAGUUUUUCUCUAUCUUCAAAAGGGAGAAGAUCGACCUCCAAGCACUGCUUCUGUGCUCUGACCACGACCUGAAGAGUAUCCACAUUCCUUUAGGACCGAGGAAGAAGAUCUUAGACGCCUGUAGGACACGGCUGGAGACCAUAGAAGAUCCAGACUGCAUUGAGGACACUGAACUGUGAGUGGUGAGAUUUCCAGUCCCUCAGUUUAUGUAUGUCAGCAUGUUUUUACAAACACAGCGUCUUAUCUUGUCUCCACUCUGUUGUGCAGAUAAUGAAAGUUGCAGCAGACAGCCCUCCUGCUGUGCUCAUCCAGCCUUUAAGGUCAGUGCGUCAUUGUGGAGUGAAUGUCACGAACGGACAGAAAGGACACGAUGAUUUACCUCUCCUGGUACCUCAGUGGUAACAAAGCAGAAAGGACGCUGUCAGGAUGAGUAUGUUGAGCAAGAAGAGAUGAGUGUGACAUGAAUUCUUAACAGGAUUCUUCUACAGUGUCUUGUAAGCCUCAUGAGGAUCACUGAAGACAGCUCUGUACUCUGGUUGGUUGGAGCUCCCUGCGCUGCAUGGUUUAACAAACUGAAAGACAAUCAGUGCAGCCGUGUGUGGUAUCAUUGUAUGCCCUGUGGCAUAGUUAGCAGGGACUAAAGUGUAGGGUCUGUGUCCCCUGAAUGUGUUCGCCCCUGUGGGGUAAAUCCUAUGACUUCAUGUGCCUCCGCUGCAUGUGCCUGUGCAUUUGCUUAAAACCUUUCAUAUCCUGACAUUUAUACUCAACUCUUACAAAUGUUUUCUUGCUCACAUUUCACUUUUGUGCAUGUUUACAUACAGAAAGCCAUGUUAGUUUUUCACUGAGAUAACUAUUAUAAUAAUAAACUUUAUUUGUAUAGCACCUUUCAUGACAUGAGAUGCAGCUCAAAGUGCUUUACAGGUUAAAAACAAAGCAUGAGUGCUUUACAGACAGGGUAGAUGAUUGGCAAUAAAACAAUAAAAUUAACAAUAAAAACAAUAAAAUUAGCAAUUAAAAAAUAAGAAAUAAAAAUGAGCAGACAAUAAAUACAGAAGCAUAAAACAGCAUCAUAAUAAUAGCAGAUAGUGCGGAUAUGAUCAAGUAAAAGCAAGGGUGAAGAAAUAGUGUUUUAAGGUGUGUUUUAAAGUCAUCAACAGAGGUUGCCUGUCUUAUGUAGACUGGGAGUUUGUUCCAUGCUGUCGGCCCAUAGAAGCAGAAUGCUGCUUUUCCAUGUUUUUUGUAUGCCAUUGUGGGUACUUCAAGCAGGUCAGCACUGGAUGACCUGAGGGAGCGGUUUGGGACAUAUCUGGGUAGACAGCAUAGACUGUAUAUAAGAUGGACGCCGUGGUUCCGCCUUCCGCCUGUAUAUGGAUUUGAAGCCAAAAAGCUCUCGGUAAUUCCGGUUUUUCCUUGAAACCAGAGCUGUGCAGAAGCGUUGUGCGCAUUCGGCCGCGCAGUCGCCGAGAGUCCCUGUGAUGACGCUCGGGUCAAACAGUGUAUUCCCCCGGAAGAGCUACGGAAUCCCUGAACGCCCAUUGGCUGUACCAGGUGUCAAUCAUAGAAAACAUGAACCCCCUAAUAACUUUUAAAAACGGAGCUGUACAGAAAAAAAAGGACUUGGGCACAAACCAGUCUUACUGUAACUAUAUGUCAACAUCACAACCAGGGGGGAGAAAAAAUUAUGUUCUGUGUAAUAAAUUUCUAAAGUUUGUCCACAGUCCCAUAAGCUUUGCUGGCGGAGGCGGGACCUGUACUGCAGCCCACCAUCAGAGGGUGCUGUUCUCGGGGUGGCUUCACCCAGCGAGGAGGCAGACUCUGUCCAUCUUAUAUACAGUCUAUGGUAGACAGUCAACUAGGUAGGAGGGUGCCAGACCAUUAAGAGCUUUAUAAACAAGUAAAAGAAUUUUAAAAUCAAUCCUAAAAACGACCGGAAGCCAAUGCAGUGAUGCUAAAACUGGAGUAAUGUGUUCUCUCAUCUUGGUUUUCGUUAAGACUAUAGUGUUGUAAACUAUAAGGAAACGCAUCAGAUCCUGUCGUGUAGACGAGUUUGUAAUGAAAAAUGAUGCAAUAUUUCCAGUACUGACAAUUAGUGUACAUUUUUACACCAGUUGAUUAUAUUCCUCUGUAUCUUUAGAGGUUUCUGGACAGGGAUGUCUGUUUAAGUCACAUUUCUAACAUUGUAAAUGGAUCAAAUAAAGAUACUACUGUUUUUA